AUGGGAUAGACUAAUACUAGUACGAUAAUAAGAUAGGAAGCUCUGAAUUUAGCUUAGAAGAAUUCAAAAUGGAGAGUUAUCAACGAUGCUUAUGAAAUAAAUUAAUGCUUGCUAAUGUCAUCUGUGAUUGAUUAAAUAUCGUAUGAUUUAAGUAGUGUAAGUUAUAAAGUAUCAAGUAUGACUGUAAACCCUUUAACAUAUGAUUCGGUUUCUUUUGAAUUGCUAAUGAAGGAGGAUAGAAUGCAAAUGUAAUCCAAAAUAAUGUAUAAAUAUGAAGUAUUGAGACCCUAAUAAAAGUAAAGAAAAUAUAAAACUGUAACAACUUAAACUGAAUUAACAUCAAAUGAUGAAAUUUUUUAGUAUUCAACCGAUAGAAAAUAAUAACGUAAUAACCAUAGUUUUGGAUCUGAAAUUAUACAAAAAUAUCAGGUUGAGGAACGCAAUAAAUCACAAACUGAUGAAAAACCGAAUAAAAAAGAUUAACGAUUAAGAGGGGAUAAAAUAUUUCAGGAGGUAAAAGAACCAAAAACUAUUAAUAACAAGGGAUAUAAUACUGCGGAGAAGACAAACAUUUUUAAAUUAGAUUAUGAAUAAACUGAAAACUUUUCAAAUGAUCUGGUUGACAAUGCAAGCAUAAUUUUGCAAACUUAAAAAAUCAUCCUUCUCACAAUGAAGAAAGAUCAUAUAUCUAAAAUGAAAGAUAUUGGUCUUCAAGUCACUCAUCAACUUUUAUAGAUAUUCCUGUGA